CUGCGCCAACUCAGCUAAGAUGUGGACACAACUUAUGGAUAUGACCAUUGAUAGUCAAACUACGGUCAUAGUAGUAUUUAAACCAACGCGGGCUGUUGAAGGUGACUGCAACAGUUGCAUAUACAGUUGCAUAACAUCAUGGACCGAGUCCGAGACCCGCAGCUUGCGGCUUGAGCUUGAAUUUCGAACUUGCCAGUGCAAUGCCAGUGGUCCUUCAAGUGGUGCUCACACGCAUUACACGCGUUGACGAAAGCCGUACUCUACUAGCGAAUAGGCACUUGUUCGCUUCCAUCUAGUGAUCUGACGCAUCAUGCCGUGAACUUGGCGCUGGUAACGCACCUUUGAGUACCGACCGACCAUGACGCUGACAAGUCUUCCACAUGAUGUUCUGUACCGUGUCCUAUGCUUUCUUUCUGUACGCGAAAUCAUCUGCCUUCGACUGGUGUGCAAAGACCUUCGAGACUUGACAUUCCACACGGCUAUAUGGCAUGAUGCGUAUAAGCAUGCAAGACUUCCUCGUCCCCUCGGACCACUCGACUCUCAGUCUCGCGAAUUCUUAGAAAACACCCUCGUCAAAAGCACUCAGGUCGGCGUCAAGUGGAACAAACAAGCUCUAACGAUAACUUCUAAGGCAACUUGGUUUGAGCCCGAGUGGUCGGCCUUGCAAGGAGACCAUUGGGAGGUGGUGGCUGGCUUAUGGCUCGUCAUCCCGUAUAUUAGCGGCCCCGACAUCCUGUGCUACGAUCUGGAGCGCGGACUGCGCCACAUCCUAUAUCAUGCUGAUGGCGCUCAGAUACUGUCGUUUAAAAGCGCUACUUCUGAGGCAGCGGAUGGAGGAUGUAUCAUGUACGCUAUCGUCAUGGAAAGCGCUCGUGGAAGCGUGUCGUUCUCACAUAAACUGCUCUCCAUCCGUUUCUCUUCUGAUGGUCCUUCGCUGCAAUUCUCUAUGGUGAUCCCUGGCGAUGUGAUCGGGAUGGGAAUGUCGCAGCUAUCUGCUGGAAAACGCUUGCUUUGCAUGAGCGAUCAUUUGACUGGUACUUUGAAUUUGGCGGUGGAUACUGGCACCCGCGUCCUGUACCGCUUUCCGCCACCAAGCUCUAUCAUUGACCCCACGUUCGCCGUAACUUGCACGCAAGGGACAUACUUGAAGCGUCUCAUUGCCACCGAAACCCACAUUCUCGCAAUGUUCACCCCUCUCACUAUGGUCAGUCAGCUCGACGAGGGAGGAAACUGUCGUGCGAUCAUUCAGGCAUUCGCUCUCCCGUCGACGGAAAAUACUCCCGCAUCCCCGCCCACUCUUCAACUCACCCACGAAGGCCAUUGCUAUCUCGAUAUCGAACGCGUUUCCCUGCUGUGCGAUUCUAUGACCAAUGCCAUCACAGGGCAAACCCAGAUCAAAUUCCUCACCCAUUGCAUGAGACUUAAUCUGACCAAGUACUUUGCUCACCGGAUAAUUUUAUCCCCUCCUCUGCCAGGGCAGACACUAGGGAACAUAUCUCUCUGCACCGAACAACUUUUCUCUGUUCCAGGUUAUGCUAACACCAUGAAGUUCACGACGUCCUUUGAUGGACAUGCACGCGGCAUCUGCGUGCUUCAUAACGAGAGGGACGGUACAGAAUUCUACGGAUUCACGAUCGACGCUAGCGGGAUAGAUAAGCCCUGUUCGGGUAUCGUUGGGCCAGGGGUCGAUAUCAAAGAGGUUGAAGCGACGGAAUCGUUUCCCUCGUCUUUGAGAAUGACGUGGAAUGUCAAACUGGCAUUUGACGGCUACUUGGGUAGAAUUUGUUACAGGAAGCGGGGUCAAGCAGGAAGGAAUGUACUCGCUGUAGUAGGACUUGGCGUAGAGGUAUCGGACGGCUUGGAUGCGUGGGGUAGAGUGAUAGUGCUAAUUGAAUAUUUAAGGUUCCGAAGGAUGAUUUCUUGUAAUGUACUGUAUGUGUCUCAAAUGUGCCCUAGAUUUUGCUUAUUGGUAAAUGCUAUCUUGGCGAUAGUGCGUAUGGUGCAAGGAACUUGCCUGCACAUGUGCCGCAUCCCAGAUGCAGGCAGUUCACAUUGAUCGUGUCGUAGUCAAAUAAAGCUCUCCCAGUUCACUCAGUACGCCAUCGCACCAUCACAUAAACAA